AUGGAGCUUGGGGGCGCGCUGGGCAUCUUCCUGGGCAUCUGCUUCUCUUGCUUGCUGCUCAUCGCUGCGUGGAAGCGGAUGCACAAGGAGGGGAGGCUGCCCCCAGGACCCACACCGCUGCCCUUCCUUGGAAAUUUACUGCAGGUGAAAACCAGCGAGCCCUUCAAGUCCUUCCUAGCGCUGAGAGACAAAUACGGCCCAGUGUUCACAGUCUACCUCGGACCCCGGAGGGUGGUUGUUCUCUGUGGGCACGACACAGUAAAGGAAGCUCUGGUGGAUCAGGCUGAGGAGUUCAGUGGCAGAGGGGAACUGGCCUCCAUUGACCGGAACUUCAACGGUUUUGGCGUUGCUCUAGCCAACGGGGAGCGCUGGAAGCAACUCCGUCGCUUCUCUCUCACCACCUUGAGGAACUUCGGGAUGGGGAAGAGGUCCAUUGAAGAGCGGAUCCAGGAGGAGGCCCAGUACUUGCUGGAGGAAUUCAGGAAAACCAAAGGUCAGCCCUUUGAGCCUACCUUCUUCCUAAGCCGCACGGUUUCCAAUGUCAUCAGCUCAGUUGUCUUUGGCAGCCGCUUCGACUACGGAGAUAAGACCUUCCUCUCCUUGCUGCGUAUGAUCAACGAAAGUUUUAUAGAGAUGAGCACUCCUUGGGCACAGCUCUAUGACAUGUAUUCCUGCAUCAUGCAGUACUUGCCUGGAAGACACAACCGCAUCUACUACCUCAUUGAGGAGCUGAAGGACUUCAUUGCUGAGAAAAUCAAAAUCAACCAAGCAACACUUGAUCCCAACAACCCUCGGGACUUCAUUGAUUGCUUCCUCAUCCAGAUGGAGAAGGAAAAAGGAAACCCUUCCAGUGAAUUCAACCUAAAGAAUUUGGUCCUCACAACCCUCAAUUUGUUCUUUGCUGGGACAGAGACUGUCAGCUCCACCCUGAGAUACGGACUCCUUUUCCUGAUGAAAUACCCAGAAGUGGAAGAGAAGGUGCACCAGGAGAUUGACCAGGUCAUCGGCCCCAAUCGCAUUCCUGCCACUGAAGACCGGCUGAAGAUGCCCUACACGGAUGCUGUCAUCCACGAGAUCCAGCGGCUGACGGACAUAGUGCCCAUGGGAGUACCCCACACGGUGGUCCGGGACACUCAGUUCAGGGGGUACCAUCUGCCGAAGGGCACGGAUGUCUUCCCCUUACUAGGCUCAGCCUUACGUGACCCCAAAUACUUCAGCGACCCAGAGAACUUCAACCCCGGACACUUCCUGGAUGAGAAAGGGCGUUUCAAGAAGAAUGAAGCUUUUGUACCAUUUUCCUCGGGGAAGCGCGUCUGCCUGGGGGAAGCCAUGGCUCGGAUGGAGCUCUUCCUGUACUUCACCACCGUGCUGCAAAACUUCUCCCUGAAGUCCCUCCUGCACCCAAAGGACGUUGAUGUCUCCCCCAAAAUGAGUGGCUUUGGGAACAUCCCCCCAACCUACGAGCUGCGCAUGCUCCCCCGCUGGCCCGGGGGCUUCUUUCCGCCCCCCUCCAGCUCCUUCCGUGAUUAG